AAGAGGGAGAAGAAGAAGAAGAAGAAGAAGAAGACGAAGAGGAAAAAGAAGAAGAAGAGCUUCCCUGGCAGGCAUCAUCCCCCUCAGUCAGUCUGACCGCCCACAGUCCGGGGGGAGAAAGUGCUGCUUUGUGAAUGAAGGGAGCGGCGGAGGGCAAGAAAACAAAACUUUACCAACAGUGGAUCCGGCGGGGGACGAUUUCACAUUCAACGGGGAGGGUUUCGACGGCGCAACGAGCGACACCUGGCCGACAAGGAGCGAGGAAGCACACUGCCCUGUUUGGUGAGGCAUUUCAGAAAAGCUGUAAAUCAUGGUGCUGGGAUUUGCCUGGGUGGCCUGUCUCUGCCUGGUGGUGGUAGCAAGUGGUGAACCCUGCCUCAUCAUCAGCGAGAUCAACGCCGACAACCCAAGACUAGACACCACUGAGUUUGUGGAGCUGUAUCACACCAGUGGACAGCGGGCUUCGCUGGAUGGCUACACCCUUGUAUUCUAUAACGGAAAUGGAAAUAUAGCCUACAAGGUGCUGGACCUCAAAAGCCACAGCACGGAUGACAGAGGUUUCUUCCUGGUGGGCUCAGUGGACAUGCUGCCCAAACCGGCCAUCCUCCUGCCUCCCAACACAGUCCAGAACGGCCCAGACGCAAUUGUCCUCUACCACACAUCUGCUGCUCGGUACAGUGAGAAGAUGAACGUCACGACUGUCGGGUUGGUGGAUGCCGUCGUGUACAUGACUCGCCGCACUGGCGGCGCAGAGUUCCUUGCUGAAUCUCUGACACCCGGAGAACCAGCCUUCGUCGAGGAUGAAACAGCACUUGAGGGGGACGAAUCAAUUGAGAGGUGCCUGCUGUCCGAAGAUCGCUGGGGCUUUCAGGUGUCCUCACCCUCCCCUGGUCAGCGAAACAACUGCACCCCGCCUGCUGCCCCAGCAACCAGUCCUGUCAUUACGGAGCUGAAGCUGGGAGGAGGGCAGGUGGAUGGGUUUGUGGAGCUAACAGACUCCCCAGCUGCAGGGCCUCUGGUGCUGGUAGUGUUGGAUGGGAAAACAGACAGGGUAAGUGUGAGUGUGGACUUGGCUAUGGAGACUUCCAGGAACUGGCUGAUCUCUAUGACCAUAGAGAAGAGCUACAUGAAAGGAGAUGAGCCCGGGGCAGUGGCCAUUUACAGCGGCAGAGCUUCAGACUUCCCAGUGGGCAGUCCGCUGAGCCAGAUACAGCCUCUGGAUGCAUUUGUGUUUGCUGGACCUGGAAACAAACCUAGCGCCAACCUCACUGAAACCCUCAUCCCAGGCAGACAGCCCUACCAACUCAGCAACAGUUUGAGAGAGGGGGGUUUCUAUCUGAGUCGCUGUGGUGUGGCCUCCUGGGCCAGGGAUCCUGGUGUCUUCUGGGAGGCCCCGCAAACUCCUGGGCAGCCCAACCAGUGCCCCUGGCCAAAGAUCUGUCCCUACAGUAUCGUGAUUCCAGGAGGUACAGAGUCAUCGCCGCAGCUCCCACCGUGGGGGAACAGUGACUUCCUGAUCAAUGAGCUGAACACCGAUACACCUGGCGCGGCUGAGGACGGAGAGUACAUCGAGCUUUGGCACCCGUCGGGUCGCCGGGUCUCCCUACAGGGGAUUUGGAUCCUGCUGUUCAGUGCACACAACAACAAACCCUACAGGGAGAUCAGCCUGAGUGGACACUUCACCACUUCUAAGGGUUACUUUCUGCUGGGCAGUGACAGGUUGGUGCCAGCUCCAUCACUUCGCCUGCCUCCCAAUACCAUUCAGAACGGACCAGAUGCUGUGGCGCUCUAUCGCAGCCCUUUCGGCCCACCAUCUGCUGUGCAAAGGGGGAUUCCCACUAAAGGCCUGCUGGAUGCGGUGGUGUACCGGCAGAGAGGAUCAGAUAAAGAGGCGCGGGAGUUGAGCAAAGCUCUGACCCCAGGACAGCUGCCUCUGUUGGAGGAUCCAGAGGUUCUCCCUGGUGAUGAGGCUCUCAGUCGCUGUAGAGGCCUUUACCCCCAUGACCUGUCUGCUUUUUCAGUGGCUCCACCCACCCCUCUGAGGGAGAACAGCUGCCCCCGCCCACCUCCAGCCCCCGAGGGUGUGGUCAUCAGUGAGGUUGCUAGUGGCCACUGGACCAAUCACAGCCAACAGAGGGCCUUUGUGGAGCUACAUGGGCCUCCCAUGACGGACCUGCAAGGCUUGGUGCUCACUGUGUUUGACCAGGAGCGCAGUGGGACCGUCAUCUCCCUUCCUUUGACUGGAUCUGUUGAUCAGGAUGGAUUUUACAUUGUUGGAAAUGUUACUGGAGCAGAUCAGACUUUCCCCGAGGGCUCCACGGUGCCGGGACGAGGAGCAGUAGUCCUAUGCUAUGACCUGUUCAGUGUCUGCAGGGCUGGCACUGCUCUGACCAACUCAAGUCUCAGAGACGUACUUGUGUUCAGUGAAAACCAGCAGCUGCUCUCCUCUCUGUCCACCACUAGAGGGAGACAAGUGCUUCCAGCUCUCAGGUCGGUUGAAGAUGGUCCUGUCUCGCUCAGCCGGUGUUCAUGCUGUGAGGUGAGAAGUCCCUCCUCCUGGACCAGCUCCUCCCCCACGCCUCACAGCACCAACCUCUGUCCGAGCCCCGCAUUCUCAAGUCAAAUUGACCUUUGCCUCGCACCCCUAUCCAGUGACUGGCAGAAACAGUCAGGAGACUGCAGUGGUCUGAUACAGGGGAAGAGGGUCACUGAGGUGGCCGACUACCUGGAGAAGAGGUGUCACUGUGGCAUUUCUGCCUUGUAUCUCCAAGGAGCCAAUAUUUCUUGCGUUUCUGGGUGGCUGCGUGUGUGGGGGAACAUCCAGGCACUGUCGGACCAUCAGAAGGCCCUCAUCAUCCAGACAUCACACAUUAAUUCUUCAUCUGUUCAGGGAGAUGUCUGUUCCUCUCCCACCACGGACCGUUACACAAGCACAGCAUCUGCCCUGGGGUUACAGAUAGGCCUGAUAAUAGCAGUGCUCCUGCUGCUGGGACUAGGAGCUGCUCUGUUCACAUAUUUUUACAGGAGGAGGCGUCCUCUGGACUAUUACACCAUGGAGCUGAGUGAGCACGCAGAGGGGUUGUCAGAUCUAUAAUCCAGGCCUUGAGCCACUGUUGCUGCAUCUGGAAGUGCUUGUGUGCGUGGGAGGACUUCAGCCGAGAGAGGGCGAGAGACGGGGGUAAUCAGAGGUUAAUUUGACAUUUUUUGUGUGACUGACUGUGGGGUUGUUUUUUGAAAUGAAAUGCCACCACAAGUGUCCUUCUCUGUGUCUUUGGGAGAUCACUGAUGAAAAUGACCUGUAGUUGUCUGUUAACAGUGAGGCUGCAUCUAGUGUGUGACGUGUGAUAUUUCAUGGCACUGAUGACACUUCCUACGUCAAAUCGGGCAACCCAUGAGUCCAACUUUAAACCAUUAAAUAAUAUCAUUAAGUGUACAACCUUUGCUGGUUACGACUUUUUAAGGUAAAGGAAGAUAAAAGGGAGAAUUUUUUCUUUAUAUACUUGAGUUCUAAAUGGUCAUUUUUGUUGACUUGUUUAUGUUACCGUGGAAAAAGCCUGCAAAUUUAAACAUUUAAACAACCAUGCUCCUGAUUUAUGCAGGAAGCUCUAUUGAUUUAAUGAACUUCCCACCAUCACAUUCUCAGCUGGUACUACAGUGUUCUAACAACAGGCUUUAUAACCGAGAUAAUAUUUGUCAAGUUCUCAAUUAUUCUUCAAAAUGGGUCGACUUCCUGCUUUAUUUUCCUGCUCCAUGCUGUAAUAGUCCAGUUUAGACUCUAGUCAGUCCAAGGGCUUGAUUAUCUUUUAAAUGUGAAUGUUUUAAAUGUCUUUAGCUAACUUGUGAUGAGUGUCUGUAACCACUUUUGUAUGCUUACUUAAAGCAAACUGUUUACAUUUUCUUGAUUUGAAAAUUAGAAAAAAGGGAUGUGCGAGGAGGAUGUUGAAGUUUUUUGAAUGAAGAAUAUUUUGUUUUCGGAGAUGAGAGACUGCUUGGUGUUGAGAGAAAAAAAACCCUGAGCUAUUUUAUGUUUCACGUGUUUUUAGUGGCUCAGAAACCUCUACUAUGCCUUUGACCUGUGUGUUAUUUGAUCAGCUGAUUCCUCAUUUAUUAGAGGAAAAGUACAGCCAUCUUUGCUGCAGCCAUGGUGUAAAUACUGUGGCUAUGGUGUUAGUAUUCUCAGGGGGGAGCAUGUAUGGCCAAUCUGAAAUGAUGAAUCAUUGCAGAAAUACAGAAAGAUUUUGAUUGGCCAACUUAGUUUGAUUACACUUUUUAAAUCAUGCUUUCUACAAAAUAAUCAUAAAAUUGCCAAGACAAAGUGCCACAAAAUAAACAUAUGCUUGGAUAUGCUCCAUUUUUGAUAAUGUCAAUGGGCCGCUUGCCUUGUAAUGUUGCCUUAUUCCUCUGCACAGAUGCACAGAAUUCCCGUUUGUUUGUUUGCUUUAAAUACCUUGGUGAGGAGAUUUUCCACCUCAGAACCUUUUUCCUCAAGUCUAAUUUCUCAAUAUUGACAUUUCUUAAUAUACCUCUGUCAAGAAAAUUAACCCCAUUAAGUCGGAUUUAUUUUACAACAACACUGCUGCUUCAUAAUAAGUCCUUAAUUUUUUGUAGAACUGAAAAACUACAUGUAAAACCAGCAAGAUCAUGUAAAUUAAGGCCUUUUUUAAGCUUUCAAAGUGAGCAAAUACGAUGUUUUACCCUUGAAAUUGUGUUUUGUAAUGUUCUUAAAAUGUCUUUUAUUGUAAGCUUGUAUAUUUUUAGGUUUUGCGUAAAAUAGUACAUGUAGUAAGUUUUAAACAUAAAGCAGGAGGAGGCAAUUGCACCUCGAGAUUACACCACAAAUAAUAUAUUGACAUGCAAAUGUGUUGAGUCUUGAAUAAAAUAACAUAAGCUACACGGUA